UAAGUAUUUAAUAAAAAAUAUUAAUAUUUAAUAAAGAAUUAUUUUACUUUUAAUUUAUUAUUCUUUAUGUUCUUUAAAUUUGUUUCUGUAUUUGAUUCAAAAUUUAGCGCUUCAAUAUGGUCGUCGCUUCAGGUAAUCGCUAUGAUUGGUCGGCUUUUUUAUGGUGCGCGAACCGAGUUAAAAUUGAGCCCGACUUUGGCGAGACCUUGUUACUUGGAUCAUGCUCCAACCUCUCGAUAAUUGAGUUGUAUAUGUAAAUAAGAUACCUUCUACUUUGUAAACAUUGUUUAAUUUAUAAUUACUUACUAUUAUAAUAGUUAAUUUUUUUACAAAAAAAAGUUGUGACACCGGUGAUGGAAAAGUUUUGAUCAUAUACAUUACAAAUUUAUUUUGUUCAACAAUGGAAAAUGAAAACAAUGAAAGUUUCACUACGGGGAAUGAGGAUAAUGAAGAGUGGAGAAAAUUUACUUUUUCUCCACCAAAUAUAGUACAUAAUUCUGAGAGAAUUAUUAAUUUUGGAAUUACAUCUGAUCAUGUAAUAUCACCGCGUACUCCCAUCGAUGACGAAUUUCAAUUUUCGCUUCCAACAAACUUGUUCAAAAAUACAAGUUCAUCUCCAACGAAAAAUGCUGAUUGUCAAAGUUCGACUAAACAAUACAAACCACGAAUUUCAAGGAAUACCUUUAAAGCUCCUGUCAACGUCUUUACACAGGCUCUCAAAGGAUCACAUACUUACGAACAAUUGAAAAAGAAUACAAAAUCUCAACAACAGAAGAACAACAUCGAAAAUUCAAUCACCUGUACAAUGGUUCCUAAAUCACUUCUCGAUAAAGUAGUUGCUAAAGAGCAUUUCUCAACAUUCGGAGACAUUUCAAAAAUUUUGAUUCGACCAAAGAAGCAAUCUAUUGUCGUAUUUUAUGUGACAAAAGGCGAGGCGAAUAUUGCAUAUUACAAAUGCGGUUUGUUCCUGAACGAGAAAUUUAACGUUCAGUGGACCAACGAAGUGGUUAAAUCUCCCGUCAAGAAAGCAGACACUUCGACUGUAUCUCGUAUUCUCAAGGCGAACGACGAUAGUUUUCAGGAUGAAAUAGAAGCACUUAAGCAUUUGGAAUACAAUCUUCAUGAAGAGACCCCGACCGAGAUGAAACAAUUGACGUGCAUCACAAAAUUAAGAGUAGCGAAACCGAAAGAACUGAAACACGAUAAAGUACCUUCGCGUCUGGACAAAGUGAAUACGGCGAAAGUGGAGAAAAUUGGGGCUUCCGUUCCUAAAGCGACGGUCGAGGAGCUGCAGUACGUCAUUCGCCAGGCGGCACUCACCAGCGAGGAUAAGUACAAAAUUCUAGAAGCCAGGGAUAAGUUGAUGAGGUUGAGAAACGCGAAGUCGAUUAGUCUAGCCACGGCGCAGAUUACAAGGGGUACUUGUCCGGACAUGUGUCCAGAGAAGGAGAGACUCAUGCGCGAGACCCAACGGCAAGUCUCCUUCUACGAGCAGUCGGACAACAAUGGCCAGAAGAUAAACCACAUGACGGCGGUGAAGCAGUACUCGAGAUCAUCCGCCGAUCAGGAGGAGCCUAUGCCUCACGAACUAAGACCCGUCAAGUCCCUAAAGAUGACCAUGAGUUACUUGCUCCACGAAAUCGUCGAUCUGUGCGAGAGAAAGGACACGAACCUAGCAGAGUGGUACCACUUCCUCUGGGACCGAACGCGAGGUAUCCGGAAGGACAUCACCCAACAGGAACUCUGCUGCCCCGACAGUGUCGAACUCGUCGAGCAGUGCGCCCGUUUCCACAUUCUCUCCUCCGAACGUCUCUGCACCGAAGAGUCCAACGUAUUCGACAAGAAAAUAAACACCGAAAACUUGACAAAGUGCUUGCAGACUCUCAAGUAUAUGUAUAACGAUCUGAUGUUGAAAGGAAUCAGCUGCAUCAACGAACCGGAAUUCAGGGCUUACAUCAUUUUGCUGAAUUUAAAUAACGGAAGUUUUAUGUGGGACCUCCAGAAACUUCCGUCGUCGAUACAAAAGUCGCCGGAGGUGAAAUUCGCGAUUGAGGUUUAUUCAUCUAUUGUGUCGAACAAUUACGUUAAGUUCUUUAAAUUGCUGCGGAGGACGACUUAUAUGAAUGCUAGUAUCUUGCUGAGGUACUUCAAUCAAGUGAGAAUUACCGCCCUGUCCGUGAUGGUGAAGGCCUACUGCAGAACGAUCACGAAACCGUAUCCUUACCCACUUUAUGAACUGAUUGACAUUCUAGCCUUCGAGGACGAGAGGGAGGCUGUUUACUUCUGCGAACAGGUCGGACUCAGUUUGUCUCAGGACGAACUGUACGUGAUGCUGAAUAGGGAGCACUUCGCCUCUUCGGAACACACUGUCGAGCAAGCACGAGCCUUCAAUGUAAUUGAGAGCAAACGACACGCGCGUUAUUCUUCGGUUGGUCAAUGCAUCGCGGGAGGAUCUCUUCCUGGACAGUCGUACAAAAACCAUCAACCUCAUGACAGUUUCGACUCGCAAGGUUAUCUUCUGGAGGAAUCGCUCAAGGCUGAAGAUCAAAAGGUUCCAGUAGUUGAUGAGAAGGACCCCUACGAAUUUACAGAGGAUGUUGACGAUUUUUCACCAGAAGUUUCUGAGAGUCCGGAAGUUCUGGUGAAAAAUCCUUUUAAAGAAACAUAUAGUGCCAACAAGCGUAAACUAGACUUUAAUCCUUUUUGCGACAAAGUCAACGAUUCGACGAAAACUGCCGCACAGACAACCUUUUCCUUUACCAAUUCGGUCAAAAAACCCUUCACUUCGGUCGAUUUUUCGAAGUCGUCUUUCCAAACCUUUGCUACCGAGAAUAAAACUUUCGCCUUCAGUAACGUUGUAAAUAAGGACAUAUUUUCCGGAUCGACGAAAACUUCCCCCUUUAAAUCUGUACAACCGGUGAAACCCUUCUUUUUCCAUGCUGCAAGUGCUGAAACUCCGAAGGAAGACGAACAGGAAGAGGAAGACAAGGAGACAGAAUCGAAGGAGAAGAUUCUACAACAAGAGGAAGAGGCGAAACAGAAGAGAAAGGAACAAGAAGAGGCGAAAUUGAGACAAAUCGAAGCAGAGGCGGAGAAUUUGUACCUUUCUCAUCUAUUUGAAGUGGUUGACGAAAUCUGCGGUAGGAUCAUUAAGGCCGAAUUACAAAUUCUUUACCAAGCGUGGACGGAAGAUAUUUUUGAAAAUAUCCUCCAAGAUAUUGUUCAAGAAACUUGUGAAGAAACAUGCAGAGAGGAAAAAUUCAUUCAAGAAGCGGUGAGCGAAAUAAGAAGGAAGCAAAAGCGGAGAAUUUCCGACAAGUACUACAAACUUUGGAGAAGGUACGUCAACAAGAAGAGAUCUAGACGAAAGGCUCUGGACAACACUCCCAUCUGGCUACCCAAGCAGAGUCUAGAAGCAUGCGCCAAGUCCCUCUACUGCAAGCAACAGGACGCAGUCAUAGAGAACAUGUGCCGAAAACGUUUGAAAUUAUCCCCGAGUAAUCAUCAACCGCACAACCAAGUUCCGAUCGAAGUCGUCAUCUACGCCGGCAUCAAGGAGAACAUAAAAUCAUUCAACAGUGAACCCCGAAUAUGUUGUCCGAAUAUGUUUUGGAAACUGGCAAUUUCGUGGCCGAAACUGGAGAACCGAGUGGUUUUGUAUCAACGCAAAAAAGUGAUAAGUGGUUAUUUCAGUGAUGAAGCUGGCGAUCCGAUUAUGAAAAACUUUCAACCGAACGCUUACGAAACGUUACAUGUCUGCAUUAGGAAUUUCGAAGGAGUGAUUAGUGAGGAGAAUUUAACGGGAAUGGACGCAUUGAUGUUUAUUGCCUCUACGUCGGAAGAAUCGAGAUCAAUUGUGAGAAGACUGACGAAAACUGUUUUGUCAAAGAAUAAAUUAAUGCCGAUACCUUUGGUAGUUAUAUUGUUCCACGACGGUAAUAUCAAACCGGAAGCUAUUGAUAUUACGCCAGACUUGGAAAAUUUAAUGGAUACGGGUUUUGUUUCUGAAUAUACAAUUAUUUUGGAGAAUACAAUCGAUGAGAAUGCGAUUGUUAAACUGACGCAAAGUGCUGUUUUAUGGCUUGCAGUAAAUAAAUCUCCACAAGUGCCUUUGGAAAUGGAUUAUCUGAAGAGGGUUCUCAAAGAUUGUUUAAUGGAAGAAUUAUGGUUCAGACUUGAAGGCCAUUCUGUAUAUAAUAGUCAAUUGAAAAAUGCCCUCGAAGAUCCGCAAUUUGUGAUAAAUUUGCAUACAGAAGCAAUUACACAUGUGAUGGAAAUAAUACUCGAUCAAGAAUCACUUUUGUACACUGAUUUCUCCCCAGAAAUAAAAGGAACGCUAAAGGAGAAUUUCAAUUUACCAUGUAGUUACGAAUACUUUGAUGAUGUUUGGAAAAAUGUUGAAUACAGAGAAACAGUGGAGAGAUUUGUGAAACAAUUAAUUAUACCACAAUGGAGGGAGUCAUGGCCGAUUUAUGACAAAACGCAUCUUCAAAAAGCCAUCAGGAAUUUCUGCAUUGAGGCAAUGGCGGAUUGCAGUCACGAUGUGUCGAUCAGCGACAUUCUAAACAACUUAUUUGUACUGAUUGAUUCUAGUCCACGUGUAUACUUUCCCGACAUUUUGCUGCUGAUAAUUAAUAAGAAAAUUGACUUGAUGAAGGAAGAGUUGAAAGUUGUUUACAAUCGCAAUCACAUUAAACACUUUCGAACUUUGCCUUGGUGGUUUAAAUCGACUGUGUUUUUAAAUUAUAGUUUUCAACCCUUAAUUGACUGGGAAAUGGGAAAUGAUGAAGUGGCAAACGACUCGAGAAAUAUUUCUGCAUCUUUAGUCGACGAGUCAGAUAUGGACGAUUACAUGGAUCAGUCGCUGACAAUGAAUCAUAUUCAUCCAGUGAAAGAAAUUUCUAAAAGCUCACAGAGUCAAAUGACAGCCGUAUUCGACAAACUAGAAACAUUUGGGGUUCAAUUACAAGAUCAAAAAUUAAAGAACCAACAAUUAGAGGACGAAAUCAAAAAGGCGUUAUUUCCAGACGAAUCUUAAUAAUUGACACAUAAAUCGCAGUUGAAUGUGAUGUUAUUUAUAGUCUACGAAUAUCUUACCGAAAUUUGUAAAAAAAUUUGUAUUUAUAUUAUUAUACUUGCGCACGUGAUCGCUCCUAGAGCGCUAGGUCUGUUAUAUGAACUUCAUUUCAUUGUAAAGUUAAGUACAAUAAAAAAUGUUGUUAUCAAAUUA